UUGGUCAAGGUAUAGAGAUCUUUAAAAGUCUUGCUAACGCGAGCAGCAGAGACAGGUGCAUAUGAUCAGCAAGGGGAGACUAUCAGCAGAAUUUGGCCUCUAAGUGAUAUAAGAAAAUGGCGACCGGCAGUUCGGGUGUCCGUUGUUUUCAAGGCUUCCUCAUUUUUGGCAACGUGAUAAUUGGGCUGUGUGGCAUUGCGCUGACUGCAGAGUGCAUAUUCUUUGUGUCUGAUCAAAAUGGCCUUUAUCCCCUCCUGGAAGCUACGAACAAUGACGACAUCUUUGCAGCCGCUUGGAUCGGCAUUUUUACCGGGUUCAGCUUCUUUCUGUUGUCGAUCAUGGGAAUCAUUGGAAUUAUGAAAUCCAACCGGCGGUUGCUUAUGGCUUAUCUCAUCUUGAUGUUCAUAGUCUAUUGCUUUGAAGCAGCUUCUGCCAUAACCGCGGCCACACAGAGAGACUUUUUUAUUCCCGACUUGUUCCUGAAGCAGAUGUUGGAAUCCUACCAAAGCCAAAACUAUGACAACAAUGACGCACUCAUAAAAAUCCAGGGGGUAACCAGCGUUUGGAAUAGAAUCAUGCUGCUGAACAAAUGCUGUGGUGUGAAUGGUCCUUCAGACUGGCAGGCCUACACCUCUGCUUUCCGCACUUUUAACUCUGACUCUGCUUUCCCUUGGCCCCAGCAGUGCUGUGUGAUGAAUGGCCUUGGGCAGCCUUCCAAUCUGCUGGGAUGUCGUGUCGGAGUGCCAAAUUACUUGUAUACCAACGGCUGUUAUGAUUCUAUUGGUGGCCCACUCAAUCGCCACGCCUGGGGAGUUGCCUGGUUUGGAUUUGCCAUUUUGUGCUGGACGUUCUGGUUUCUCCUCGGAACAAUGUUCUACUGGACACGUAUUGAAUAUUAAUGAAAAUUGACACCAUCGCUCUAAUUGGAAUUUUUAAUGAAGGUCUGCAGUGUGGACUGGUAAAAAUAAGACUCACGUAACACCUUUCCAAACUUGACUUACUGGAACUAUGAAAUAUUCUUGCAUGGUCCUCUCUGGGUCGGAGGUGUGUAGGAUGUGACCGACAGAUGUCCCACCUGUACUACUAUCUUGCCUCGAUGUCUUCCUAACGCUAGUGCUUACUCAAUAUUACAAGAUUCAGCGCAGUAUAGAAAUCUAAUUUGGCAACUUGGUUCGUAUGUUUCUCCCAAUCAGGACUGAUGGAGAAGGAGCCCCUCUUUUUUUUUUUUUCUUUUCUUCUAGCCUAACUCUAUGUUCAUGUGUUUUAACUGUAUAUUGUCACAUUUUUUGCCAUUUCCAUUUUUAUUUGAUUUAUUAUAAACAUUUUUUUUUUUUUUUUUAAUUGCAGAUUAAAGUAUAA